UGUUUAAAAAGGAGGAGGGCUCACUUGUCAAGAAUGCCUUAGAAGAGUUGUGAAAACAGCCAGCCCGAGGAGGGGAGUCAUGCAGUUGCGGAUGCAGCUCUCCCGCCGAGCCACAAGCCAGUCAGGGAGAAGAGAGGGUGUGUGAGAGCAAGAUAGAGGGAGAGUGUGUGAGAGUGUGUCAGGACCAGAGGCUACAAAGGACGUCACACACACUCCCAGAGAGAAAGGGAAACACGCCGUCACAGGAAGGCUUCUAUCCUCACGCGUUUUGGGGGGACUGUGGAAGAGUCAACAGCCUCUGACAGAAGUGAGUAUUCCUGAGGUGGAUGCAGUGAGACGAUGAUGUGCAUUUAGUCAGCUGCAGUGGAUGACAGAUUUCCAGACCUAACUGACUUUCUGAGGGGGGUUUCCAGCUCCUCUGCAAGGAAAAGACUCGUAAUCAGACAUUAAUCAAGAUUGUGUGAAGUGUUUUUACUCACCAUGGAUCAGCCAGCCAGCAGCUGCAUGCGGAGCGCCCACCCCAGCAGCCCGAUCUGGGGCUGCAUGAGGAACCCUCACUCAGGGGUCCCGGGAGCCAACCUGCAAUCGCCCUACCAGCAGGCCCCGUUCUCCCUCCACCAGAAACCCGACUUCCUGGCCUACACAGACUUCUCCAGCUCCUGCCUGGUGCCGACCGCGCCACACGCAGCCUUCCCCCGCGACGACAGACUGUACCAAGAGAGCCAGGGGGGUUACCAGAGAGCCGACUGGCAGUUCAACCCCUGUGAGACGCGGGUGAGAGCGCCUGAGGCCUGCCCGCCUGUCGUUGCCCCUGUAGCGGUAGGCGGUGGCGCAGGGCCUGAGCUGGACAGUGUAGGGGGAGACAGGCUUCCAGGGGCCGUGCCAGGGUGCCUGGAGGGAGAAUACUCACCUCAGAGCGUGGCGUCGGCCGACUCGGACAAGAAGAGCUCCAAUAAGAGGAAGAGAGAUGUCACAGAUAUCCAGGAGUCCAGUUUUAAGGUGGACUCCAGCUGUAAGGCCCGGAAAGAGCGCACAGCGUUCACCAAGGAGCAGCUGAGGGAGCUGGAGGCUGAGUUCACCCACCACAACUACCUGACCAGGCUCCGCCGCUACGAGAUCGCCGUCAACCUGGACCUCACAGAGAGACAGGUGAAAGUUUGGUUCCAGAACAGGAGGAUGAAGUGGAAGAGAGUGAAGGGAGGACAGUCGUCUUCACCCAACGACCUGGAAAAUGACGACAUAGAUUCGGCUGCCUCGCCCAGCUCUGAAUGAACAGAAGGCGGCUGGCAUAUGAAAAGAGAGACUGGGAGUCGACUGGACGCCGACGCAGCACAAUGCAACCUUCAUUUCUCUGGAAAGCUGCAGGAAUCAAACAAGACUCUUUUUAAUCAGCGAGCAUCUCCUAUGUUGUUGUAAAUAGUUGAUUUACGUCCACCAUGAACUGCAUUUUGAUCUUGAUAAGUACUCUGGUCCAGAGGCCGCCUCUUGUUGCAUUAAAUAUUAGAGAUGAUUCUUAUGGUCACUGGAUUUCAGUGACAGAGUCCAGACAGAAGCUCUGAGGCCAGUGAUGACAUAUCAGACCGUGAUGUGAUUGUGUUUGAGAGCAUCCCCGUUGGUUCCAGUAUUGUAAUCAUGGCCUUUGACGCUUGACUACAACCACCUGGGAAAACUCAGACGGCACAAGUGUUGCCAAGCCAUAAGUGCCUCCGAAUCAGAUGAUUUUUUUUUUCAUUUUGUCAGUUUCUUUUUCCUAGAAUAUAGUUUUGUUUUGUUUUUUUUAAUCUGUCAAGCUUUUUUUUUUUACUAUUCUUUUUUAUACACGUUGGAUGUUAUUGAUAAAACACAGAUGUUGCCUGUUUCUGCAAAUAGAAUAAAUCAUCUGCUGCAAAAUGGGAAAAAAUAUCUUGAUAAUUUCUUCCACCCGCAACAAAUGAGUUAUGAUUGGACGGUAGGAACUGUGUCUGUAUUCUUGGCCGAUGGUUUCAUCACGUGUCGCUCCUUUGGUCAGACAAUACAAUGGUUCAGAAAAUGACUGAGGAGAAGUUUUCUCCCAUUUGUUUCUGAUGUUGGCAGCUGACAUCAUAGGCAAUAAUUUGUGUGAGUGUGUUUGUGUACGUGCAUGUCAGUAUUUCUGUCAGGUUCCAGAGAUAUGCCUUCCAUAUCCCACGUUUUUUAGAGUAUUCUGACAAGGGCUGCAAGUAAUGGUUAUUUUCAUUUUUGAAUAAUCUGUUGAUUAAUACCUCAAUUAAUAAAUUAGUUGUUUGGUUGAUAAAAUGUAAAAACAAAAUGUUGAAAAAUGUCAGUGUUUUCCAAUGCUCAAUAUGACGUCCUCAAAUCUCUUGUUUAGUUCACAUCCUAAAGAUAUUCAGUUUACUGUUA